AUGCUAACCACUCCCCCAGCAUUGGACACCCUCAUCAGUCAUGGGGAAUCGACCGGUCGCGAGGGCCUGCCCCGCAGUAUCUUGCUAUCCACAACGGUCGGAAGGCUCCUCAUCGGAUUCAAGAUGGCGCCGAAAGACCUGGCGACGACGAGACUAAUCAUCUACAUUUUCUUGCGCACGUUCGAAUAUUUUCUUUGUUCGCCGGGGACCGCGCAUAUUCUCAAGAUCCACAUGUCGCUCACCGCCGACGUUGUUCUCCUCGUCAGCAAACCCCUGGACGCCGGCAUCAUCUCGUCGACCUACGAGCCUUCCAACCCCCUGACCGGAAGUCCUGCGUAUACAUCUCGUCGGCGCUACGAGGGCACGCUGAAGGAGGCGGGAUGA